CCUAGACCAUCACACAGGCAGGUGUUGCUGUGGUACCAACCAGUUCCGGGACAGGCUGCACCAGAUGCAUACCCUCCAGAGCUACACAGAGUCAGAGAGUGAAGGAGACUCCAUGCAGAGGACACUGCUGUCAGAGAUGGCCAUAAAAUUUUGUUGCUUUUCUCAGGAACCCGUUGAUGAUGUGGACUGUUGGGGCGAGUCCAUCGAGAAGCUUCUGUCCUGUAAAACGGGACAGAUGGCUUUCCAGGACUUCCUAAAGUCGGAAUACAGUGAGGAAAAUAUUCUGUUCUGGCUGGCAUGUGAGGAAUACAAAAAGAUCACGAGCGCACCAGAGAUGAUCAGCAGGGCAAACCAAAUCUACACUGAGUUUGUGCAAACGGAAGCACCCAGACAGGUCAACAUCGACUCUGGGACUCGCACAAAUAUUACAAAUAACAUCUCGGAGCCAACCCUGAACUCGUUUGAUACGGCGCAGAAGAUGAUCUUCAGUCUAAUGGCGAGAGACUGCUAUCCCAGGUUCCUGAAGUCUGACAUCUACCAGUCCAUUCUGCAAAAUCAUGGAAAGAGAUGACUUCAUAAUGACUAAUGAUUAAUGUACAUCAAGUUUAACUAUUGCCAGUAAGUUUUUUUUUUUUUUUUAGUUUUGGACUGAAAUAGCUCAUCAUUUUUCAUCAUUAUGUUGGCAUAUAACGUUUUUUCAAGGAAAAACCUGUUUACAGUGUCACAUUAGGAUCAUCUAUUCUGAUUUGAUAUUUCAUGCAUGCAAAUUCAUGCAUCAAAAAAUCAUUCCAUGUGGGAUUAAAAGGAUCUGUUAUGUGCCUGAACGAAUUCAGCAAUUUCCUGGUUAUCAGCAUACUGUUGAGAAUUCAAGAAUAAUACGAAAAUGAGAAUUUGAAUACUGCCUUUUAAACACAACUUGUACAGCCAAUUCCACUACAGUUCAUUUCUAUAAUAGUGCAACCUAUCGGUCAGACAUUUUUUUAGUUCAAGUUACUAUAAUGAUGAUGAUGUAAAAUUUUUUUAUUCAAAACAUUAUUGCUUAGGUUUUCUUAUGAUUGAUGUUAUGAUCGUCAGGAGGAAAUUUGUAAAAUGAUUUUAAAGGACCAUUUAAAUAUGACCACUUUUAUGCAGC